AUGACAACCGAUUCAUUAAAUGAUAAUGUAAAGGUGUGUGUCAGAACUAGAGCAUGUCUAGGUGGAGAAGUGAACAAGAAGAAUUGUUUGACUUCACUGCAAGGUCAGAAUGCAGUGUUGUUACAGUCUAAACCUGAUCCCAAACUAUUCACAUUUGACUAUGUAGCCGAUGAAUCAACUUCACAGGAACAGAUAUUCGAUCAGAUUGCCAGACCAAUCAUUGACGCUCAUAUCGAUGGUUACAAUGGUUGUAUAUUUGCAUAUGGACAAACUGGUAGUGGUAAAUCAUAUACUAUAGUUGGAGCAGAGGAAAGUGGAGGUGUGUUGACAUCUGAUUUGCGUGGUUUGAUUCCUCGUACAUUCCAAUACUUGUUUGAUCAUUUGAAUGAUCAUCAUAUCGAUAGUUACAAAUGUACUCUAUCAUUUUUAGAAUUGUAUAAUGAGAAUAUCAUUGAUCUACUCGACCACACUCAAACCAAUCUUAGUAUUCGUGAAGACAUUAAAAUUGGUGUCUAUGUCGAAGGUUUGAAAGAGGUUGAAAUCAACUCACCAGAGUCUGCAAUGGAACUACUUCGAAUCGGUACAAAUAAUCGUCAUGUUGCUGCAACUGCUAUGAAUUCAAGUUCAUCUAGAUCUCAUUCCGUUCUAACUCUUAAUUUAGAAUCAACUACAAAGACAGAAGAUGGAUUAACAAAGACAAGGUACUCAAAAUUAAGGUUGAUUGAUUUGGCAGGGUCGGAAAGACAAAAAUGUACAGAGGCAGCUGGAACUAGAUUAAAAGAGGCUGGUAGUAUCAACAAGUCAUUGUCGGUACUGGGGAAUGUGAUUCGAUCGUUGGUGGAGAUUGCUAAUGGCAAGCCGAGACAUGUGCAAUACAGAGACAGCAAAUUGACCUUUUUGCUAAAGGAUUCGUUGGGUGGUAACAGUAAGACGUAUAUCAUUGCGACAGUGUCUCCCAGCGACAUGUAUCACAGCGAGACGUUGUCAACAUUGCAAUUUGCACAACGUGCCAAACAUGUUAGAAAUAUUGCUAUUGUCAAUGAAGAGGCGUCUGGCAAUGUGACUCUGUUGCAAAUGGAAAACAAACGAUUAAAAGAAGAGAUUUAUAGAAUGCAACAAAAUGGUGUGGCAGCUGCUGCCACUGCUCCCAUCGACGUACUGCCUGGCUAUCCAAUGUUGCAAAUGGUCGAUCCUGCCGCACACUCUUUUGCACUGCGUAACUAUGAUUUGCAAGUACUCCACUCUACCGCCAUCGACCGAGCCAACAAAUUCAAAGAAGAGCGUGAUAUGCUGUUUAAUAGGUUGAGACAUUACAAACUGCUCAUUGAAAAGAAAGAUCAUUUCUUGCAAUCAACUCGUUUCGUAUUAAAGUUGCGUGAAGAGACUAUUACACGUCUCUCUGGUAAAUCAUCGUUGACAACCUAUGAAGAGGAUCUUAAAGAAGAGAUUGCAGAGUUAAAGAAACAGGUUGCAUUUCAUCCAGACAUUACAAAAAUUGCAAUUGAGAAUGUUGAACUCAAAGAAAUCAUCAAAGAGAGAGAAAAUCCAGAUGAACAAUUGGCAGCUCUCAAACAACAAAUUCAUGACCUACAACAAGAAGUUAGAAUAUUGUAUGGUGAAAAAUCAGAGCUUUAUCAACAAUUGGAAACAAUCUCUAAACAUCCUCAAUCUCAACCACAACAACCAAACAAGACACCAAUCAAACAAAUACCAUCUACACCAUCUACUCCAUUGGUAGAAAGACAAAAGUACAAAGAACUAUUAGACAAUUAUCAAUUACAAUGGGAAAAGGAAAAGAAGGAAAUUGAACAACAAUAUCAAUCAUUACAUCAAAAAAAUAUUCGUCUCUUUUCAGAAUAUGAAACGAUCAAAGCAAUGCAUGAUGAAUCGGAACAAUCACUUCAUAAUCUUCAUACAACUCAUGAAAAAGAAAUUGAAAAGAUUAAUUCAAGUAAUGAUAAUUUUGUUAGAAUACUUAAAAAUGCACAUACACUUCAAAUUGAACAAUACAACAAAGAUAAUUCAGAUAAUAAUCAAGAAUCAAAUGAAUUGAUUAAAGAAUUGACAGUGAAUAUUGAAAAGUUGGAAAAUAAUAACAACGAAUUGAGUAGUGAAAGAAUUAAAUUGAUUUCAGAAUUGUUUGAAAAGAAUGAACAAGUUAAUCAAUUAAAAAUUGAUUUGGAAUCAACUAAACUUUCAAAUCAAAGAAUGUCUGAAGUAUUUAUUUCAACUCCACUUCGUAGUCAAAUUAAACAAGACGGUGAAGUUGAAGAAAUGAAAGAACAAGAAAUAGAGGAAAAAGGACCAAUUAAAUUUAAUCUUCCAAAAGAAGAACAAGAAUCUAUCAUAUUGGAAAAGAAUACAAUGAUUGAACAAUUACAAAAUCAAUUGGAAAUGUCAAAAACUCAAUUACAAGUUUAUCAAGAUGAAUUGGAAAACAAAGAUCAAAUUAUUCAACAAUUUGAAAAUACAAAUAAUGAAUUAUUAGAAGAAAAAGAAGUAUUAAUGAAUGAAAUUGAAACAUUAAAUCAAAAUCAAAAUACCUCAUCUUUGGAAGAUGAUGGUAAAAAUAAUAAUAAUAAUAAUGGUAUUUUAGACAUUCAAGAAAUUAUAAAUUCCAAAGAAGUUCAAUUAAUAUUAAAUGAAAAACAAGAACAAUUGGAUAAAUUGGUAACCAUUCAAAAUGAAAAUGAUCAAACUAUUAAAUCUUUGAAACAAGAAAUUAAAGAACAAAAUGAAAAUAUUAUUAAUAUAUCAAGUCAAUAUCAACAAGAAACAAUUGAUUUGUCAUCAAGAUUGUCGACAAUUAGUGAAACUAUACAGAAAAAGGAACAAGAAGCAUUGGAUACUCAAAAAGAGAGAGAAAUGGAAAUAUUAAAUUUGAAAUCAACAAUGUCAGAGGAAUUUGAAACAAAACAACAUAAAUUGGUUGAUUCUAUCAAAGUAGAGUAUGAAAGAAAUAUUUCACUACUCAAAGGUGAAAUUGAAAAAGCAGUUUCUCAACACCAACAACUCCGUCAACAAGAAAGUGGAUGGGCAGAGAAAUACAAGGAAUUAAAGGUUGAUUAUGACCAAAUGGUUGAUCAACUUGAAACCUAUCAUACUAGAAUCGCUGAACAAUAUGAUGAAAUAUUCCAUCUCAAAGACAAGUUAAGAUCAAAUAAUAAUAAUAAUAAUAAUGAUUAUUAUAGUAGUAACAGUAAUAGUUUUAGUAAACCAAAGACAACGAUUCGUGAAGAGGAUAUAAUUAUUAUUUCAAGUGAUGAAGAAGAGGAUGAUGAUGAGGAUAAGGUUUACCGUCCGUCACCUUCAUCUCUUGCCUAUCAUAAUGAUCCUUCUAAUUCCAAUAUCGAUGAUAUCGAUUUUAGCAAGAUUAUAGUUAAAAAGGAACAAGGUGAUGAAUCUUAUCAAUCAGACGAUGAUUAUGAUAUGCAACAACAACAAGAAGAAGAAGAACUUAAUUUAUCAGAACUUGGCAAUAAUAAUAAUAAUAAUAGUUAUCAACAACAACAACAAAAAAAGGUUGAUGAAAGUAAAAGAUCAUCAAUCGCAACAAAUGAUGAUGAUGAUGACCAAGACGACGAAAUGUCAGGUGACAAUGCAAUCAUGUCAAAUUUAUCAAUCAUCUCACAAUUGGGUGAACUUGAACGUUCUUUUCAUGGUAACAAAAUGAACAACAAUAACAACAACAAUACUUCUACUUCAUCUUCAAAUAGAUCAACUUCAUUUGAUAAAUAA